AUGAGUGCGAUCACACUGGAAUUCCUGCAAGACCUCCUCAAGGAAGAUCAUCCCAAUGUCCUUCUUAAAGAAUUUGAGGGUGCGCCCGGAACAAAAAGGGGAGACAAUUACACCUCCAUGGUCUACCGAAUUUCGUUGAAAGGAAUUAAACGGAAGGACGAUGACAAUUCCUCCGAGUCAUGGGAAAGUUCCAUAAUCUACAAGUGCUUGCCAGAGAGCAUUUUACGCAGAGAAGCUUUCAAAAGUGACGAGCUUUUUUGUAACGAGGUGGCAUUUUACAAUAAGAUCUGGCCAGCCUUGUCCAAAUUCCAAUCGCAGUGGGAGAGGGUCACGCACCCCUUCAAGUGUAUACCGAAAUGCUACCUGGCCCAGAACGAUCUAGUGAUUCUAAGGGACUUGAAGCAGCUGGGUUUCGUUAUGCCCGAUCGAAGACAGGGCUUGACCAUAGAGCAAUGUUAUUUCGUCUUAAAACAUUUAUCACAUUUUCACGCGCUGUCGCUCGCAAUGAAGUGCUAUAAUCCUGAAGGUUUCUACGAGCUCUUGAAUAUACAAGAUGGUAUAUCUGAAGUAUUCUUUGUGCCGGAGAAUGUAGAUUAUUAUAGAAGUUACUACACAGAAGCGAUUCAGAACGCGGUAGCGAUGGUAGAGGAGGAACUUCAAGAGUGCAAGGAUAAGGAUUUGUACCUGGACAAGUUCCGUCAGUUCUGCAGCGAGGACACCUUCUUCCAAACCAUGAUGGACAUGGUCGCUCCAAGGGAACCUCUUGCAGUCAUUUGUCAUGGGGACUGCUGGACGAAUAAUUUGCUGUUCAGAUAUGUCGACGGGGAUAUCGCUGAAAUGUACAUAGUGGAUUUCCAGCUAGCGCGUUACGCUUCACCCGCGUUGGAUCUGGUCUACCUGCUGUACCUGUGCUUGAACAGGGAGCAGCGGGCCGCCAAUCUGCCCUCACUCCUGGAGUACUACACGGACGAACUGCACACGAGGCUCCUAGAGAUGAGCGAAGACGACUCGGACUUCCACAGCACGCUCAACAGGGACGCCUUGUACGAUAUGUUGCAGGAAGAGUUCAAACGAAGCAGUCGUUUCGGGCUGGGAAUUGCUUUGGACAUGUAUCCCAUCAUGACUUGCGACAGCGACGAAGCCCCAAACCUUUACCAGUCUAAGGAAAGCGAGGUGAGACCUUCACAUGAUGACAUGAAGCCGGUCUGGACCUCAAAUGCGGCGUGCAGGAGGAAAAUGACCGACCUAGUCCAGGAACUCGUCGACGGAGAUCUCUUA